UUAGUGAAGUUGACUGUUGAUCUUUGAUGUUAUUUUCUUUGUCACAAAUAAACAGACCGUAAAUUGAUAUCGAUAUAAAUAAGGAAUCGAAUUGUAUUUAAUUUAAAUGAGGACUGCCUUUAGUAAUACAAAAAAGUACUAAUACAAUUACAAAAUGUCUAGGAAACCUAAUUCCGGAAAAAGAGGCAAUUUGUCGCAAUUUGGCCUAAUAGACAUCCCGGAUUUUGAUGAUGAGCCGAUGGAUUUAUCUGACGAUGAUGGAGACUUAGAAGCAGAGUUAGCUGCUAUAACUGGGGGUGGGGGCAAAAGGAGCAGGCCAACGAAACCAGCUACAGUGGCACCAGCCGAUCUAGAUGCUAUGAUAGCUGCUAGCUUGCGGGAUGUGCCAUCUGAUGAUGAGGGAUCAGGUGAUGAUGAUGACCCAGACUUAUUAAAUGAACUACAAGAGCUGGCAUUUGAUGAUGAAGCUCCCAGACUCAGCAGACCAGCGCCACCUCCACCCGGCACUGUCAGUGCUGAGAAUAGUACUGUCAGUUUGUUACAAGAGAGAAUAUCUAAUUAUACUAUUGCGGAGAAAGCUGCUAAAGAGAGUGGUGAGGGUAGUCGUGCUAGACGCUUCGGCCGUGGCCUCAAAACCCUCAAUGACUUAUUAAAACAGGCGAAAGCUGGUCGUCCCAUUAACGAAGAAGACAUACCUCCUCCAGUCAGUGUUGGCAAGCCAGCAGCACCAGCUGCAUCAGAAGCAGCCCCAACUACACCUUCAGCUCCACAACCAGAACCAGUUCCUCAACCACCAGCUCGGAGAGCCCCAGCUCCACCUCCACGUACGGAAUCCUUGAGGGAGGAAAGGCCAGCAACUCCACCUGAGCCAAAGGAGCCGCCACCACCAUUGCCUACAGAAGCGGCUGUGGAUCCAGCCAAAGAAGAGGGACUUAGGUUUAUUUUAAAACGUAAAGAAGAAUUCAAAGCCGCGGCUUUAUCCAGCAAGCAUGCAGGUGACAAAGCAAUGGCCCUCGAAUACUUGAAGGUGGUGAAACAGUUCGAUAUUGUAGUGGAUGCGUACAAAGCUGGUGAAGCCAUGGACCUGAACGAGCUACCGACCCCCGAGGCCAUCGCUGCUGCUGUACGGUCGCAGACCAGUGAGGAGCAGGUGCAGAAUUCAGCUGAACCAACCCCAGCUCCGGCUUCUGAAGGGACACUGAUCACAGCUUCAAGUGUUGAUGAGGCGUUGAAGCAGAGACUCGCUGCUUUUCAGGAACAAGAGGCGAAGGCGAAAGAGCAAGGCAACGCGUCAAAGGCACGUCGCAUGGGGCGGAUCGUGAAGCAGUACCAGGAGGCAAUCAGGCUGCACGCGGCGGGCAAACCCCUGCCCCUGGAUGAGUUGCCCACCCCGAAUGGAUUUGCCCCUAUACCUGGGGAGCAAAGCCCCAAACCGACCGCAAGCCCCGCUGGGCCCCGGAGCCCCGCGGGCCCCACGAGCCCCGCUGUCCCCACGCCGUCCCCGCGUCCGUCCCCACAACUGACCCGCAACGAUAAGCAAUUACUUUUACUGAUGCACAGACAGAAGGAGUUCAAGGAGGCGGCCAUUAAUGCUAAGAAGAGUGGUAAUAUGGAGCAAGCAAAGGAAUACCUUCGCGCUGCGAAAGGGUUCGACUCCUUGAUAGAAGCGACGAAAGGUGGUCUACCCGUCGACUUGAAGUCCAUCCCUCUGCCGCCCAAGGCUAAGAAACAAAUCGAGGAAACUUUCGACAUAGUGUCGGCGGAGGACUGCGAUCCGCAAGAGGAUUCCCUCAUCACCAGCGACGGUGAUGACGUCAUGUCCCGGUUACACGCGCAGCUCACCCGCCAACUGAAACUGUGUGUCGCCAACCGUGACCAUUACCGCGCCAUGGGCAACAUCGCCGAGAGCAACCGCUUCGAGCACAUGGCGGUCAGCGUGAAGCAGGAUUUGGAUGUGGUUGCCGUUGCUAAGAGUCUAAACCAACCUCCCCCCAAGUUCCACUACGAGGGCCGCCAGUUCGCGAUAGUGCAGUGCAACAGCGACCUUAACGAGAACGACUUAGAGCUGACAAUCGUGCGCGGCAUCGCGUACACCGUGCCCAACCCGAGGGAGGUGGACACGUACGUCAAGUUCGAAUUUCCCUACCCGCAGGACGCGCCGGUGUGCGAGCGCACGGCGCUCGUGAAGGACACGAACAGCCCGCAGUACGGCGCCACGUACACGCUGCCCAUCCAGCGGCAGGCGCGGGCCUGCGCGCGCGCCUUCAAGCGGCACGCCAUCAAGUUCGAAGUCUACUCCAGGGGGUGUAGCAACCUGUUGUGUUGCAGUGGCUGGUUCAGCCGCGACACGCUGGUGGGCGCGGUGGCGGUCAAGUUGGCGCCGCUCGAGACGCAGGUCACUCUGCAUGAGGCUUAUCCGCUAAUGGACGGGCGGCGGCCGGCGGGCGGCUCGCUGGAGGUGCGGCUGCGCGUGCGCACGCCGCUGCUGCAGCAGCAGAUCGAGCACACGAAACACCGCUGGCUCGUUAUCGAUAAUUAGUUGCGAUUUUUACAAACUACCCUCAUUAUGAGGAGUAAAUUUCAGUGAAUGGGCAAAAGUUUUUUUCGUAUGUGAUUUUCUGGUUUAGAAUUGCAUUUAAAUGAUGUUAAUCAAUCGACGCUUAAUUUAAUCAAAGUGAAUAUAUAAUAUCGUGUAAUCAAUUUAUUUUCCGGAUUUUUUUUAAAAAAAGCACCAAAUAAAAAGUAGUUUACAUCUGUUUCUCAUCAAUUUGAAAAUUUUAAGCUUUAUAAAUUAGAACAUUUCGUGCGUACAAAUAAUGUAUCUUUACAUUUAAAAUGUUAAAAUCUCCAUUGUGAUUGUUAAUACACGCUAUAUCUCAUAAUGGUUAUUAAUAAUUGUAGAAAAUACACAAAAAAACAUCGAAAACUUAUUAUAUUAUCUAUUCAAAAUAAAUUUAAUGUAGUUAUUGCUAUAUGCAUUCAUGCAGCUUAAGAUCUGUGAGAUAGUUAAUUCUCAAAUAAACAUUAAUUAAACGAAAAGUUAAAACAGAACUCGCUAGCUAUUGUACGCGGUGUUGACUUCAUUUUAAGGAACGGAAACAGAUAUCUAAGAUAAAAGUCGUAUAUUAUUUGUUCUGGAAACAAAAAAAGGUGUGUGUGCGAUUCACACACGAUAGAAGUGAAACUUCAGUAAAUCGACAAAAAUAUGAGAUGAAUACAUUAUAUAAAAUAUAUAUUUCUGUCUCGUUCUUUGCCGGCUUCAUUCUACACAUUUUUGUAUUCGGGUCUCUUACCUGUCGUUUUUUCCGUUGCAUCAGGUUUGAAAUCACAACGAUUCUAAAGAAGUUUCACUUCAAAAGGAAAUGGAAAGGAUACAGUAAAAUAAGUGUUUAUUUGAGACUUAAAAGACAUUUAGUAUAUGUAAUAUAUUGUAUGUGAGAUGAAAAUGUCCAAAAACCAUAAUUGUUGUUAAUGUAAUUACUGAUUAUAUAUUUUUGUUACUGUAUUGUAAUUAUUGUAGAUAUUGAAUAAUUAAUGAAUAAAGACAAUUGUAUGCUUA